GGAUUUGGAGUGUGAUACAAAUGCAUAACUUGAAUGAAAUAUUUUAACUCCUCUCUUCCCACAACACAGAAUACAUCACUCCUCAGGUCAGUGCUGCCAUUGGUUUCAUAAGCAUGUGAUGAAAUGCAUGGCCACUGGUGUAUAUAUCAAGUUAAAGGGGAGCUGAGCAGAAGCUGGUAUCUAACUGGGACCAUUUUACCAGACAGGGUACCAAGUUCACAGUCUGAAGGUUACAGUUCCUUCAAAUGCAAUGACUCAGCCACCACAGGAUGAAUUUGACAGUAGCGUGGAGAAUGCAGAAGCUUGGAUGAAGGCCAUCCAGGAAAAAUUGCAGAUUAAUGACAACACCAAGGGACCUCGGUCUGCUCUAGAAGCCAGACUGAGAGAAACUGAGAAAAUUUGUGUACUGGAGCCUGAAGGUCGACUGAAAAUGGACUUUGUUAUCAAGAAAGCGGAGGCCCUUCUUCGCUGCAUCAGUGAGGAUGAAAAGCACAAAGUACUCUCCAAACUGAAAGACAUUAAGGCCAUGUGGGAAGAAACAGCCAUAUACAUUACUCACUGUCACAGCCGUAUUGAAUGGGUGUGGCUGCACUGGAAUGAAUACUUGAAAGCCCAGGAUGAAUUUUACACGUGGGUUCACAACAUGAAGGUGACCUUGGAGCCAGACAUAGAACUGCAGCUUGGCUUGAAAGAGAAGCAGUGGCAGCUGAGCCACUCUGAGGUGCUGCUGAAUGACGUCUUAAAUCAGUCAGUCCUGCUGGAAAGGCUCCUGGAGGAAGCUGCUUCCUUGUUUAACAGGAUAGGUGACCCAAGUGUUGAUGAGGAUGUCCAAAAGAAGAUGAAGGUGGAAUAUGAAGGAAUAAAGGAAGUAGCUCAGAAGAGAGUGAAACUGCUUAAGAAGAUAACAAAGGAACAUGAACAGUACAGCACUCGUGUCAACCAGUUUCAAACGUGGCUGAAUGGUGUGACUGAAAGUUUAAACUGCUGCAUUGAAGAAGCAACAGUAGAAAACAAGCUAAAGGCAUUGCAGGCCAUUGCCGAACACGUUAAGAGCGGUGAAAAGGAACUGCAAAACCUGGAAGUUCAGUCUAUAGGUGUCAUCCAGAAUACCUCCCCCCUAGGGGCUGAAAAGAUAAAGGACAAGUUGGAGGAGUUGAGGAAAGCCCUGGAGAAGUUGAAACUAAUGUGUAGCGAGGAACAGGAGAGAUUGCAUAAGUUCUUCCAGUCAAAAAGUGCCUAUCAGUCCCAAGUCAGAGAAUUAGAAGCAGAGGUUAGUGAAUUCAGAAAGGGGAUACAAAGGCUUGAAAGUGACCUGAAGCCAAGGGAGAGGACAAAGAGUGAAGAGGAGUUAUUGAUCCUGUGGAGAAAGUGCAUGGCAACAAGAGCAGCUCUUGCCACAGAGGAGCCAAAGGUUGAGAGGCUGAAGGCUCAGCUUAACAAGCUGUUCCAGUUUCCACAGGAUGUACAGCCACAUGUGGACAGUGUUGUAUCUGCAAUACAGGAAUACCAAAGUGUUAAAGGGAAAGCAUUUAAAAUGAGUAUUGCAGCUGGAGGUGAGCUAAGGCAGCAUCUUCAAAACCCAAUGCAAGAAUUUCAGCUGUGGAAGCCAUCAGUUCAGGGACUUCUGGAUAUGACUGCUAAUGUUACUGAACCCACAGUGGCACAGACUUUCUUACUUCGGCUUGAGGAAUGUCUGGCAGAAAGCUCCCAAUUCAAGGAAAGGAUGAUGAUGAUACAGCUGAAGAAAGAUUUGCUUGGCAGUGUCUUUGGUGAGGAGGAAGCAGCGUCCCUCUUGACAGAGGUGACUGAAGCAGCAAAGGAGAGAGAAAUUCUACAUAAAAGUCUUUUGCAAAACAAAAGCAAACUUCAGAACUUGAUUUCUCAGCACAAAGACUUUGAUGCAGGUUUUGUACCUUUGCAGAAGAAGUUUUCUGCUAUCAGAACCAAAGUUGAUCUAGAGAAAGAGCCACAGCCUGACCUUGUAGGAAAAAAGACACGUCUCCAGAGACUCCAGAUGAUCCAGGAUGAUUUGGCAGAGCUUGUGGUUCAAAUGGAAGACCUAGAGAGCCUCGUUCAAUCUAAUGCCACCCACAAGCAUAAAAUGAACCAGCUUUCAGCUGACUGUAAGGCACUGAAGAAAUCUCUGGAGGAGACGAUAGAACAGAGUGAGAAGCACGUUCAGAGACACUGGAAGUUUAAUGAGAAACUGUCAGGCCUUCAGCAGUGGAUUGCAGUGACCGAACAGAAGUUGGAAUCCUAUCAGGGUGCUAAUGGAGAGCGAAACAUGGAGAGUAGAGUUGCAGACCUUGAGAGAUUGCUGGCGGAGUUCCCAGAUAAGGAGUUCCAGUUGCACCUUGUUGAAACUCAUGGCCAGAUGGUAAUGGAGAAUUCUUCCUCAGAAGAGGCAGCAGAUAUCCAGACUGAACUGAACAAGGUGAAGGAAUCUUUGAGGGAAGUCAAAGAAAGGAUAACAAGCCUUCUCCAAAAGCUGCAACCAAAAAGAACAGCGGUUGAUACAGGGAAGAAAAUAAUCAUCAUGCAGCCAAUGCCUACAUUUGGCUUCCAUUCAUUUGAUGUAGAUCCCAAAUACAAGCAGGAGAAGAUGAGCAAAGCGGGAAAGAAUAGCAACCAUCUUAAACUCAUGAAGGACUUUGAGCAGUGGUUAGAAGUAGAAAAUGCCAAGCUAACCAAAAAUCUUGCUACAAAAUCCUCCUCUGUUGAUGAAGUUGAAGCAAAAUACAAGAAGCUGGAGGAGCUUCAGUCUCGUGUUCCUGAAGGUCAGCAUCUUUUUGAAGAUCUUCUUCAUCUUCAUCCAGUUGUUGGGAACUCUGAAGACCUGGAGGACCUGCGCUACCAAUGGAUGCUGUACAAGUCUAAGCUCAAAGAAAGCCUUGAUUCAUUACAGACUGCUGUAUCUUUGGAAGAACCAGAUGGAUUCAGAAAGAAACGCCCGGGGGGAAUGUGUUCCUUCCUACAUCGUGUGUGCUGGACUGCGUUGCCACUACAGUUACUCCUGCUGCUUCUGCUGCUCCUGGCAUUCCUGCUUCCUCUGGCGGAAGAGACACACAGCUGCAAGCUUGCCAACAACUUUGCCCGUUCCUUCAGCCUGAUGCUGAGAUACGACAGUCCUCCUCCAACUUAACUCCUCUGCGUGGCAAGAGGUGACACUCAGAAAUCAAGUCUGCUUUCUCUUUGAUUUCUUGACAGUUUCAAGUACUUCUAGGUUUAGGGCUUCUAACAAGGCCACCUUAUUAACUGGAAGUGUGGUCAAAUCAAAGCAGCAUAAGGCUAAUCCACAUAAUCAGGUAUUAACUUUCAGAGCUAAGUUAAUCAGGUAUUAACAUUUAGAGCUAAAUUAAUAUUUUUACAAUAUUAUAUGAGUAUAUUUAUAUUAUGUGAAUAUAUAUAGUAUGUAUAUAUCAGUAUAAAAAUAUACAUUUUAUAUAUAUAUAUACACAUAUAUAUAUAUAUAUAUAUAUAUGACAAAACUAAAAUCCACUGUUCUGAUUUGAUCCUGCUAUGUUUUUUCUUCUGCCUUUGCUCAGCAGCGACUCGCAGAUGUUUAAAACUGCAUUUUUGAUUUUUACAACUGAAGCCAAACAAGCAGGAGAAAAUAAGGGAUGUUUCAUGGAAUUGUGCCAGAAAAAUAUUCUCAAUGAGAAUUGAGAGACUGAUGAAAUGGAGUCAUGUUGAAAUAAGCUGUUUAACAUUCAGCCUUAGCAAAAGUCGGAAAAUUAUAUUUAGGAUCAGCAGUUAGCUUAUCUUUGGCCUGAGCCAGCAAUCACAGAAGCCAGUGGAAGGACUCCCGUUGAUUUCAGCUGGAAUGGACUUAGGCCAUACUAUAUUCAGAUGUGCUUUCUGACCUUCUAAUGAGCUUUCUCCAGUUCUUGUGUUCUCUGUCAUACCAGAACCUGGAAUGGUAGAAUAGGCUGGUGGAAAAUCUGAACGUAAUAGUCUAUUUUUCAUAAUCGCAACUCGAGUGAAGCAUUUUUUUAAACUCAAAUGGUAAUAUUUUUAUAUGCAGCUAUCCACAAAGCUCUAUACCGGUGAACUGUGCAAAAGAAAAAAAUGUGAUGAUAUUUCCCUGUUUUCAAAUAUAUAGAUCACCCACUGAUUUUCCUGGGGAGAUUCCUUGGGAAUAGACCAUAGAGUCUUCUGUCUGGAAUGUAGCUUGACUGAGCAUCAGCAUCCGCAAAGCCAUGCACAGACAUUAACAUUCAGAAUCUAAACCUGAUUCCUUUCGAAGACGAGUUGUUAUACUAACGGUGGUCAGUACAACCUGCCAUAGACUAAUAGUGUCAACCACAACUAUAUUACAGGUUUCCAAAAAGUCUGAGACAGUGGACACAUCUACACAAGAUGCUACUGUGCAGUCAUUACUGUGCACUUAUUUAUUAUGUGUAAAGUACUUGCAGCUACUAAAUAAAUGCACAGUCACUGGA